AAGAAGAAAAAGAAGAAGAAGAUUAAAUACACGUAUAUAUAUAUACAUACGCGCGCGCGUAUAAUUGUAAAUUGUAUCUAUUAUUGUAUAAGUUAAAGCGCUCUUCAUUCUUUAUAUAUUGUAAUCAACAAAUAAUCUCCAGUCUUUUUUUUUUUUUUUUUUUUUUUCUUCUCUCUAAUAAGAUCAACAACAAAAAAUGUACAUUAACAUAGGCAAAUAAUUUAAGCAAAAUAUAUCAAUAAAAUAGGAUGGCACAUACAUUAAUGUAUACAUUUUUUUUCUGUUAAACAAUGAUUACAAACAAAAAUAUGAAUACAAAGUGGACAAUUGAAUUUGUUAAGCGUAUAAUGCAAAACAUAUAUCUACAUUUAUAUAUGUAUACGUAUAAUAUAUCUAAAGCAAUAUUAUAUAUAUACAUAUAUACAUAUAUAAAAGGAAAAUAAAAUAAAAUAUUACAAAAAAAAAAAAAAAUCACAAGAAGUAAUUAUAACGUAGCGAUAGAUAGAGUGUUUGCGAGAAGAAAUGAUUAUUCUCUCUUGUAAUACGCUAACUCGAUAAAAAUAGGCUUAUAAUGGAUAUGUAGAUAGUUGUUAAAGAAAAAGAAAAAACAAAAAACAAAAAAAGAAACAAGAGAAGUAACGGGUUUAAUUUAAUCAUUUCAAUUUAAUCCUAAUCAUUUUUGUACGUUACAGUAGGUAAUAAUAAUUUUAGAUGAUGAUAAACUGUAUUCAGUAAAUGAAGAAGGAUACCAUAAGUGCGUUUUUGCACUCUAAGGCUGUAUUAUUUAAACUCUGCGCUGCUUGCUUGUCAUUUAUAUGGCACAAGCUAUGUUGGUCAAACUGAGAAACAUUCAUAGAACAUAAUUACAGAAAUAUAUAGUUUACUGUAAUAAUUUGUACAAUAUUAUAUGAUGACAAAAAUAAAGUGUACCAACAUUGUAUUACAAUCCUCUUUUCUUUUGUACUUAAUCAAUUAGAUAAGCACUUAAGAAUAACACUACUUCACUCGAAAAUCAAUAUUAUAUAAUAAUAAUUUGUUAGUAAUAUUAUUUCAUUAAUAUUAUAAUAAGAGUUAUAAUGUGUGUAAUAACAUAUACCUAAAUAUUGUCAUUGUCAAAAGAUAGAGUGGAACAAUUGAAAUUUGAAUUUGCGCGCGCAAACAUUUUAUAAUUGAAUAGAAACAAAUUAACGUGAACUUUGUCAAUAAUUUAACACAAAUGAUCAUCUUAAAAUGUGACUAUCGAUUUAUCGAAAGCAAUUGUCUUUUUUUAGAAAGAAAAACAAGCAAACAAAAGUUUAUCCAUUCUUUCUUACGUAUAUGAAAGAAACAACGAACGUCACUUCCUGUAACACUUUAUUUAUAAGAACUGUGAAUGAGGAAAAUUUUGAAAAUCAACGUUUGCCGGGUUGCACUAUUAAGUAAUGCUCAAUAUCUGCUAAUGUAGGGCAUUCCUCUAAUCGCCAACCUAAUAAUAUUUGUCAUUGUGUUGUUGUUGUCGUCGUCUAUUUUUCUAAUUUCUAAUUAUUUUUCUACUUGAGUGUUUUGAAAAAAGAGAAACAAUGACGGAUUUACCAUAUCUUGUCGAAUAUGCCAAGAGUUCUCGUUCCUCAUGUCAAAAUUGUCGUUCUUCCAUUAUAAAAGAUACUUUAAGAUUUGCUACUGUUGUACAAAGUCCAAUAUUUGAUGGGAACAUAACCAAGUGGUAUCAUCCAAAUUGCUUUUUUGCAAAACAACGUCCCAAGUCUAUUGCGGAUAUAGCAAAUUUUGAUGGUAUCCGUUGGGAAGAUCAAGAAAGUGUUAAAAAAUCUAUAGAAGAAGGGAAUCAUCAAAAUGUAGCAGCUCCUGCUAAGAAAGGUAAGAAGCGUGGUAAAGGUGCAGACGCAUCUUCAGAUUUUUCAAUACAAUACGCCAAGUCUAGCAGAGCUAUGUGCAGAGGAUGCGAAGAGAAAAUAAUGAAAGAAGAGAUAAGAAUUUCAAAAAAAGAUUUUGAAAGCGAAGAAGCAAGAAGAUACGGCGGUUUAGAUAGAUGGUAUCAUUUGGAAUGUUUCGUUAAACUCAGAAAGGAACUUGAAUUUUUUGAUCAAGCCGAUUCCCUUGCUGGAAUCAAAUCUUUGUCAAAAGAAGAUCAGGCCAAUGUCAAAAAGGAAUUGCCUAAAAUUAGCAAUGAUGAUGCAGUAGUUGUAAAGAAAUUGAAGGAAGAACCCGAGGAUGCUGAAGAGGAAAAUAAAUUGAAAGAACAAAAUAAACAAUUAUUUGCAAUGAGAGAUACUUUAUCUUCACUUAAUAAGAAAGAACUCCGAGAGAUUUUAGAAACGAACAAGCAACAAGUACCUGAAGGUGUUUCUGCGAUGUUGGACAUGGCGUCCGACUUAUUAGUCUUUGGAACUUUAAAACCAUGUCCAAAAUGCAGUGGGCAAUUGAAAUACGUUUCGGGUCUUGGUUACAAGUGCACCGGAGAUUUGACAGAAUGGACAAAAUGUGAAUACACUACUCAAGAUCCUAAGAGACAGAAAUGUUCCGUUCCAGAUGAAUUGAAGGAUACUUAUAAAGCUUUGGCCUUCAAACCAAAAGUUGUUAAGAGAUUGAUCAAAGUUACCGCUCCAUCGACAUCUAGCGCGGUUAAAAAAGAAGACGAAGUCGACGCUGGACCAAAAAUACUAACUAAACCAAAACCAUUGAAGAACAUGCAAUUUGUGAUAUUAGGUAGUACAGAAAAAAGCAAAGACACGUUGAAAAAAGAAAUAGCUCUUUUAGGUGGUUCUGUGACCACGAAAAUACAUGAACAUUUGGCAGCUGUUAUUUCAAAUCCAAAGGAAGUGAAAAAAAUGAAUAAAAAAAUGGAAGAGGCUAAGGUAUUGGAUAUACAAGUUGUUUCGGAAGAUUUAGUUGAAGAAGCAAAGGAUUAUACAGAACUUGCAAUUGCAUUAAUUAAAAAGAAAACUAUUUCCGAUUGGGGAGGUGACGUUAAAAAUCGUCUGGCUACUGUUAUAGAAAAAUCAUCAUCGAGUACGUCGAAAAGUAAAAGUAAAUUUGAAAAAUCUUUAUCCGGCAAAGUGAAAUUACAAGUUAAGGGAGGUGGUACGGUAGAUAUGGAUAGCGGAUUAGAGGAUUGCGCGCAUGUUUAUCAAGAUGGAAAAAAUAAAUAUAACGCGACGUUAGGAAUAACGGAUAUUCAAGCUAAGAAAAACAGUUAUUACAAAUUACAAAUUUUGAAACACGAUAAACUUAGUAAAUAUUGGUUGUUUAGAAGUUGGGGUAGAAUAGGUACUACCAUAGGCGAUACAAAAUUGGAAAGUAUGCCUUUAAAUGAUUGUAUUGAGAGAUUUUUACAACUUUACGAAGAGAAAUCUGGCAAUUCAUGGCAUAAUAGGAAACAUUUUGUCAAAGUACCGCACAAAAUGUAUCCCAUUGAUAUAGAUCAAGGAAACGACGAAGAUACAUCCAAAUUAUUAGAUUCUAAUAUAAAAAGUCAUUUGGAAAAGCCUGUCCAAGAUCUGAUAAGACUUAUAUUUAAUGUAGAAAACAUGAAAAAAGUAAUGUUGGAGUUUGAAAUAGAUAUGGAUAAAAUGCCGCUUGGUAAAAUAUCGAAGAAGCAAAUUCAAAAAGCAUAUUCCGUAUUAACAGAAUUGCAAGAAAUAGUUGCAACAAGUGUUCCCGAACGCACCACGCUUAUAGAUGCAUCCAAUAGAUUUUAUACCUUGAUACCGCAUAAUUUUGGAAUAUCUGGACCGAAGAUAUUGGAAACUGUUGAAGAAAUCAAAAUGAAGUGUGAAAUGUUAGAAGCAUUGCUCGAAAUGGAAGUAGCAUAUAGUUUGCUUCACACUGACGAAAAGACGAAAGAAGAGAAAAAUCCAUUAGACGUUCAUUACGAACAAUUGAAAACAAAGAUAGAAGUAUUGGAUAAAUCUAGCAAAGAUUUUGAAGUAAUUAAACAAUAUGUUAAUAAUACACACGCGGCAACUCAUAGUCAUUACGAAUUAGAAAUCGAGGAUGUUUUCGUCAUCAAAAGACAAGGGGAAGAUCAAAGAUAUAAGCCAUUUAAAAAAUUGCCCAACAAAAAAUUACUUUGGCAUGGAUCUAGGACAACCAAUUUUGCUGGAAUAUUGUCUCAGGGACUUAGAAUAGCGCCACCAGAAGCACCCGUCACUGGUUACAUGUUUGGCAAAGGUAUUUACUUUGCCGAUAUGGUAUCAAAGUCAGCCAAUUAUUGUUGCACCAAUACUCAAAAUCCAACGGGAUUGUUACUGUUAUGCGAAGUUGCUUUAGGCAAUAUGUAUGAAAGGUACGAAGCAGAUUAUAUUGAAAAAUUACCGAAAGAUAAACAUUCCACGAUGGGAAGGGGACAAACGCAACCAGAUCCAAGCAUCGUUCAUAAAAUGGACGAUAGCGUGGAAGUUCCAUAUGGUCCUCCCGUGCAGGUGAAACUUCACAAAAAAUCGGCAUUGUUGUACAACGAAUACAUCGUAUAUGACACGGCUCAAGUGAAAGCUCGUUAUUUAGUCAAGAUGAAUUUUAAAUAUAAAAUUUAAUUACUACACAUCUCCUACUAUCUGAUUGAUAUUCUAAUAAUAAUAAUAAUAAUAAUUAGCAUAACUUGUUAUAUAUUAUUAAAGCAAUGCUAUUUUCCUGCAGCUACCUCCGAUAUGACAAAUAAUAGUUAAGGAACGUUAUAUUCUAUCUUACCAUAAUUGAACAAUUGUUUCACUAUUUCGUAUU